AUGCCUUCUUCUGUUUCUCUCACACCAGAUCGUGUGUAUCGAUGGGAUUGGCGGGAGAGCCACAUCGAGUCUGUGGCUGGUGUGGUGGACGGGAAGGUAUAUAUAUUCGGAGGGUGUGAUGACCGUAACUCCAGCAAGUGGGGAGAAGUUUUCGACCCAAAGAAGCAGACUUGGGAUGCCCUCCCCAUGCCCCCGCCUUAUUAUAGUCUUCCCACAAUGUGCGAAAGCAUAGCGAUAGAGGAUGAGAAGGUGGUAUCUAUGAAUGGCGCAUUGACAUGUAUUUCCUACAUACCAAGUGAAAGCAAAUGGAAAAUAGGGAAUCAGGAAACCUCCGAACUUAAUAGGUGUUGGCAUUUGAUAGAGAAUGUGGUGUAUUGCUGUGAAUUAGGUGGGCGGAUAUUGUGGCGUGAGGCACAUGAAUGGGAGGAGUGGAGAGAGGUGAUGGGCUUGGAGUCUCUCAGGGAAACUCUCGCUGCCUCCAAGCUCGUCAACUAUGCUGGACGGUUGGGGGAUCUCUGGGAGUCCAACAAACCGCUGAUGCUAGCGCAGGGAUUAGAGAUAACAGAACUCGAUGAAAAACUUCCCGGCCACAAACUGAGCAACUCUGGUAACAACAACAUGUUGAUCUUCUGGGCUUGA